CACCUUGGAUCACCUAUCUGGAGCGAUUCGUCCAGCUUCUCAGCGUUUCUCGUCCGCAUUCGGCCUCUGCUGCGGAAGUCCUAUGUGGUGCUGUUCGCUACAUCUGAAAGCGAAACGAUGUUCAGGAAACAUUCUGAAGAGCUUUUUGUAACAGCUGACGUCUAUAUUCAGUUGGUUUCGAUUUCUGAAGAAGAACAAAAGAAGUUAAGCAGUUUGGAUAAAUAUCACGGCUAUUUGAGGAUUCUACGAUUACCCAGGAUCACGUCUGUUGGCACUCACAAUCCACCUGUAGAUCUGGUGUUCACUCAGAAAAGAAACUCGUUCGACGUCUCGAUCCUUCAUCUACCUCCUGCCGUCGCUGAUGGCGACAAAAACCCCAAAACCCCGUGCAGUAUUGAUUUU